GCAAACCUUUAAUAAUGCUUCAAUCAGAAAACAUAUAAAUCAGGAAAAAAUAAAUCGUAUUUUAAAAUUAUCAGUUUAUUUAUUAAAUUCUAAAGUAUAUACCCGCGAUGGAAGUUGGUGUUACCCUAAACAACGAACUCGAGGAAAAGAUUUCGGAAGCAUUUUGCAUAUUUGAUACUCAUGGCGAUAAGUAUAUUGAUUCCCGCAAUGUCGGCAACGUGCUCCGAUUUUUAGGUUGCGCGCCCACCGAAAAAGAGGUCGAAGAUGUCAUUAAAGCCACCGAUUCCGUCGACUAUCCAGGCGAAGCCCAUUUGGUGAAGUUCAUGGAACACGUUUCCAAACUGCUGAUGGAUCGACAAAUGGAACCAGCCUCGUCGGAAAAGCUUCUCGAGGCCUUUGAGACCCUGGAUCCAGAAAAUAAAAAAUAUCUGACCAAGGAGUACUUCGGCAAAUUAAUGGCGGAGGAAGGAGAACCUUUCUCCGCUGAAGAAUUGGAUGCUAUGUGGCCUGUGGCAAUUGAUCCCAUUACUGGACACAUUCCCUACACCUUCUACAUAAAUCAACUCAGGCACAAGCCUGAUAUCUAUGAAAUUGCCGAGGUUAUCAAGGAGGAACUAGCACAAGCCGAAAAAGAAAAGGGCAAGAAACCACAACAACCACUGUUUUAGAUGCCCCUUUAAUCAAGCAAUUGCAAAUAACGCGGAAAAUAAAUUUAUACAUUUUAUAACAAAU